CAUCUGAAUAUCUUGCCUGUAAAAGCUGCAAACGAAAGGUGAUCGGUUGGAGCCAUGCCAUCGUCUCCCAGCUAGACAUAGGCCACCGCAUCCAGUUCCCAUGUCUCCUGACUUUCAAGCUGGGAUGCGACAUGCAGGUCGUGCGCCUCAUGCGUCAGCGGGGCUUGGGCAACAGCAGCAGCCAGCUUCAGAAGCAGCUGGAAGAGCAGCAUGCGGAGAGCUGGCUUGGGAGACAAAUUCAGUUUCUCACUGAGUACAGAGGAGUUGCACGUGCCAUCUCCUCUGGCCUGAUUUCUCCUGUCCCGCUGGGGGACUUGCCAGCUAUGCCUGCAGUGGCUAAACAUCGCUGGCUGAUGCAGGUUUAUGCCCAGGAUGUCCUCAGCAGGCUGGAUGAAGUGAAGGCCUCCAUCACCUCACUCUUUGGCCAGGUACUGAAGAUGGACUCAACCAAAAAAAUUGUGAGGAAGCUGGCACGUGAGGCCCGGUCCACAGCUGCUUGGGCCACCAACAUCGGAAAUGAACAUGGGCAUGUGAUCAUGUCCGUUCUCACAGCGAGUGAGGGCUGGGGCCUAAUGAAGAUGGCAGAGGGUCUUGUGAGGCGCUACAAGGACGCAGAGGUGCCACCUCCCGAGAUCCUAUAUGUGGACCGUGACUGCUGUGGGAACUCGCACCUUAAAAAAAAUCUUUGGAGCAUGGCCGGGCAUGAGGAUUCAGUUGGAUAUCUGGCACUUUAUGAAGAGGUUUGCGACCGGGUGCACAACUGAUUCUCAUUCACUAUACACCAGCUCCAUGGCACAGCUAACCCGGUGCAUUUUCGUGUGGGAUGAGAGUGACCUGCAGCGACUCAAGGCAGCCAAGCGAGCAGAGCUGGAGGCAAGUCUCAUGCGUCCCACAGAGGGAGAUGUGAUACGCCAUAUAAGCAAGGCAGAGAUGCAGCUUCAUUGUCGGAGGACCAUCCAGGAAAGCAGGGAGAUGGAAGCCAUGCUGAAGGAGUUGAUGAGGCAUAUGAUGGAGAGAGAGGCUGCAACACGCUCGGUGUGCUUCUGAUCAACUCUGCAAGGAUGGCAGAAAUCUGGAAGGCCAAGUGUAAACAUAUCCCCUGCCUCCAGGACCCUCCAGGUUUCCAGCUGUACACACAGACUGGGACAAUGAAGAAGUGUGGUCAUGUGCUGCCAACUUUCCGGUGUGCCAGAGGUUCGACCUCACUGGAGAAUUUUCAUCUGCACAUGAACAGAUUCAUCCCAUGAACCCUCGCAAGUGACACCUUUUUCCAGG